AUGGAUAAAUUGCAAAAACAAGUCGCUGAAGGCAGUCUCAGUGUAUCUGGCAGUAAUGAUGUGUUGACCUUGGCUUUGGGUCCCGAGCAUCCAGGGAGAGUAAGAGGGGUAGGUGCUGGGAUUUCCCUUAGGCAAUACUUCAAUUUACCUAGACAACAGAGGGUAAAGUUUGCCGAUCAAUUGAAGGAAAGUGUAAGAAUUGUCCUUCAAGAAGAGACUAAGAAGAUGGAAGCUAGAUCAAGGGAAGAGACUUUAAGGAUGGAGGCUAGAACCAAGCAAUUGGUAGAGGCUGAGAGGGAACAUUUACUGAGUCAGCUUUCCCAACUCAUCCCCAAUUUUGAUCCAAGCAUGCUUAAACCGAAAACUAGCCCCUGUCAAAACCAAGGUCUAGAGCAAAGUCCCAAAAAUCAAAUGUCUGACAAAGCAAGCUGCUCUGGGGAUGUGAGAUCCCUACAUUUUGAGGAUGAUACUGCCAAAAAUGGGGAAAAGCAGGAAGAAAUGGGUAUUGAAGUAGUUGAUUAUUCAAAGGUGGAGGUGCCAUCUUCCUUACAAUCCCUUUGUCGUUAUGUGGAAACCACACUAAAGCCUCAGGAGAAGAUCAUGACCUUUACAAUUGAGAAGGAGGUGUUUGGUGCAGAUCGCAGUACCUUUGUCUUGCCUGAAGAUAUUACACAGUUAGCAGGCAUGGAAGAAAUUGGGGCUAUUGUGCUUGCAGUAUAUAUGAGGUGCUUAUAUGAUCAUUUGAAAGUAGCAAAUAUGUUCAACAUGGUUGGCUUUAUCGACCCUGCUCAAGUUAGUGCCAACACUGGGUCACUAACUGACAAAUCACGAAUUGUAGCCAGUCGACUUCAGAAGACAGAUGGUGAACAGAUUUUCAUGAUGCCUUACAAUCCAGGCCAUCAUUGGGUCUUGCUAAUUGUGAGAGCAAAGAAGGAAACCGCCUAUUUUCUGGAUCCUCUGCCCGGAAAUCGUGUGGUUAAUAAGGAGGCCAAAAACAUGGUGAACAGUGCUAUAAAAAUUUAUAAUUCCCACAUAGGCAAACAAGGCCGUAAAGCACCCAUUUGGAAAACUCUGCCAGGCACACCAAAGCAACCCAGCAGUGUCGAAUGCGGGUAUUAUGUCAUGCGCUUCAUGAGAGACAUCAUCAUGGAUCCUUCCCUGGAGUUUGAGAAGACGUUUGCCAAGGGAAAAGAGCAAGCGCCAUACCCCCAAGCAGCCAUUGAUGAAGUCAGGAAUGAAUGGGCAGAGUUUGUUUGCCUUCAUGUGGACUAG